AUGCCCAGCCCUUUGUUUCUCGGCUCCCUCGCCCUGCUGUCCCUACGCGUCUGCGCAUCCCAGGGCCAACCAGCGGGGCCACUCUAUGCACGUCAAAUCGACCAGAAUGAUAAACACUACUAUCUCGGCUACCGGGACUCCGACUAUAGAACUCCAUGGGCCAAGUACUUCAACGAUACACAGCCCGUUCUGAGCCCCGAGUUAGUAUCGGGACUUGAGGAGUCUCCCUAUCCUGGGAGUCUUGCGGUCAACAUAACGGCCGCGUCACAAGCUCUUAAUUCCCCGGGGUACUUGAAGCUGGAGAACGGAUAUUCUUUUCUUCCGGACGGUUCGUUAACACUGAAUAUUCGCUCUGAUGUUCCCAGCAACGUCACGGGGGAAAUGCUGGACUUCUGGUUCUCCUGGCAUACCAACGACACUAGCAAAUAUAAGCUCUGGAACCCCGGGGCGCACCAGUAUGCCGCCAUCAAGCCUCUUUCACCGGGAAAGUCAGCGCAACCAGUCUUCGCCGACCGGUACUGGAAUGUGACUUCCUUCGUUGAUGAAUAUAUCGGCUUGACUCCAUACAAGUUGUCGAUUGGGUUCUUCGAUCCUGAACUCAUGGGAUUCUCCAAGACAAAUGAGAACUCGGGGGUCCUUGGGAUGGUGUCUGCGUUUGUUUCUCUUCUGAGCUACAGUGAGCAAGAUGAACCGGAAGAGGCUAAACACGGAUUGACCCCCCUAUCUGCCGUGCUGGUACACCAGCUUCGGGCAAAACCAGACGGCUGCGGCCACGAGGUUCGCUCUCGAUUUUGGUUUGGAAACCUCCUCGUGUUGGGAAUGUCAGUCGCCGGAGGUCCUAAAAGGUUGGCCCACGAUUUGUCGGUGCACUGCUUUAAUGAGAUGAGCCAUCUGGGCACAUUCCUACCAGACCUAUUCAACGAAUUUCGCCAUGAUGUUGCUACUGGCUAUUAG